AUGCGUGUUUUCGUCACGGGUGCCACGGGUUGGAUCGGCCUUCCUGUUGUCAAAAGGCUUCUCCGUACUGGCCAUCAGGUCUUAGGCCUCGCUCGCUCAGACAAAGGGGCAGAGGCACUGACUGCCCUCGGAGCUGAAGUGCUUCGAGGUUCGCUACAAGACUUGGACAGCCUCAAGAAAGGCGCAUCCGAAUCAGAUGGCGUCAUCCAUCUAGCCUUCAUCCAUGACUUCGCCGACUACCAAGGGAACUGUCGUACGGACAGGCAAGCCAUCGAAACAAUGGGGGCUGUUCUGGCUGGAUCGAACCGGCCUCUGAUCAUCACUUCGGGUACUCUGAUGCUUCCAUUUGGCCGUGUUGCGUCCGAAGAAGACACCCCCGAUCUUUCCACUCCCGGUGGCGCUGCUCGCGGGCCAUCUGAGAAAGUGGCUUUGUCUCUGGUGGAUCAAGGAGUCCGCGCCAUGGUUAUGCGCCUCCCGCCUACGAAUCACGGAGAUGGCGAUCAUGGAUUCAUUGCAAUGCUUGUCGCUAUAGCACGGGAGAAAGGCGUGUCCGCCUAUAUUGGCGAUGGACUCAACCAUUGGCCUGCAGUUCACGUUUUGGACACCGCCCGAGCAUAUCAGUUGGCCUUGGACAAGGGUAUUGCAGGCUCCGUGUAUCAUGCCGUGGCGGAAGAGGGCGUACCGAUCAAAAGCAUCGCAGAGGUUAUCGGCAGGCACCUUGAUGUACCAGUAGUCAGCAAAACGCUAGCAGAAGCCCAGGAACAUUUUGGGUGGUUGGAAUUUGCCCUGACGGCGGACAAUAAAGCUACGAGCGUCAUCACGCAGGAACAGCUAGGGUGGAAUCCUGUUGAGGCUUCUCUUCUUGAUGAUCUCAACAAGGGAACAUAUUUCAAAGCCUAA